UCCAAACGCCUCCAAAUUCCACGGCUCUUGCACUCUCCUCCCUCCGCCGCGCCGCAUCGCCGUUAAUGGGUAUUUGCAGUUCAUCGGAAUCCACCGCCGUCGCCACCGCCAAACUAAUCCUCAACGAUGGAAGUCUGCAGGAAUUUUCGUAUCCUGUUAAGGUUUCCUACGUUCUUCAAAAGAAUCCGUCGUGCUUUAUUUGCAACUCCGACGAGAUGGAUUUCGACGAUGCCUUGUCGGCUAUUAGUGACGACGAGGAGCUUCAACUUGGACAGCUUUAUUUUGCGCUGCCGUUGAGUAGGCUGAAGCAGCCGCUUCAGGCCGAGGAAAUGGCCGCAUUGGCCGUCAAGGCUAACUCUGCGCUCAUGAAAUGUGGCGCCGGAGAUAAAUGCAGCCACCGGCGGAGAUCUGUGUCUCCAGUAGUUUUCACAGUUGAGGAACUCAAGACUCGCAAGCGACUGUCCGCCGGCCGUAGUGGCGCCGGUGGAAGAACAAAGUUCGCGGCGAAUUUAUCGGCGAUCCCCGAGUAGGGACAAUUUUGGAAAAUGGGAUGGGUUUGUUUUGUAAAUAACGAAAAGACAGGGGCUGGUUCAUUAUUUCUUUUUAUUAAUUUUAUUUUUACAAAAAUGAAGGAAGCUCUAAUUUUUUGUUUUUCA